UUGCUGUCCGACAAGAAGACUCAUCAGGACCGAUAGAACCACGUGCGCCUGCGAGAACCGGCAGGUUCGCUGUACAGGCAACGGUAUACGCAGCUAUCUGUGUGACGUCACGACUUGAGUAGGUGUAUAUAUAUAUAAGCGCAGUCUCUCCCACACACUAUAGCUUUCACACGCCGCGUCCCACGGCGAUCGAGAUCGGCGUCGUGGUUUACACGUGUUCCUGCAGCCGCACAGUGUGACGCUCCGCAAGUGCUUGCUCAUGGAGAUGCCCGAAGCGCAGCCGUAUCGCGUGGCUGUCGCGAACACCUCGGGCGGCGUGGAGUACCGUUCCGUCCUGUUCGCCGGGGAGUCGCCGCCCAAACGCCUCGUCUGCGCCGACUGUCGCACCGUGUCGGCGACCGAUCCUCGGUACGCGAGGCGCGGCGACGUCGUGUGCCGCGACUGCGCGCUAAACUCGUCCCGCGCCGGCAGUCCUCGGGGUGACGGCGACGACGCAGCGGUCGCCGCCGGUGAAGCUGGGCCCCCCAGCACUGCAGGUGGGCGGCUACCGCCACCUCAGCCAUUCGUCGCCGGCGACGCCGAGCUCCUCGGCGACCUCGAGGUGUUGUGCGCCUACGCCGGCCUCAACUGUGACUUUAAAGGAAAGCUCGGCAUUCUCUCCAGCCACCUUUCCUUCACGUGCACCCGCCACAUAGUCGAGUGUCCCAGAUGCGGCCAGCGGGUCGUGCACAGGGACAUCCGGCGCCACGUCGAGUCGAACGCUUGUUCAUCCGAGAGCACGACGGCACCGACCAUGGAAGACUACGACCCCGCGCUCGUUUGGGCACCGGUGUUCCUUAACUGGGAACCGGUGCUCGCAUCGAGGACGAAUUCCGGCCCCACGAGUCCACCGCCCGUCGUCUCGGAACCAACCCCGGUCCACCGAAGCUGGUCGGGUCCCAGAGCGCACGGAAAACGAGCCUCCGUGCCAGCUCAGGUUCGACAAGGAAGCCAAGCCCUGACUGGCACUCUGUUAGUGAGGUUUCCCGACAUCACCUCGACCAGUGGCGCGGGCCGUGAGAUAGCGAAGCCAGCGGCCUGUCCGGUGGACAGUUCUCGCGUGGUCGAGUUCCUCGGCAGCGACCAGUUGGUGCUGGACGGCUUCUUGCUCACGAUGCGCGCCGCGCUGUUCUACGAUUGUGCCGACGUCAGCGGCCUGGCUUCGUCGUCCACUUCGUUGAGGAAGUUUGUCGUCUUCGACCUGCUUGCUCUGGAUGUCGCCGGCGCGAAGGGCGACCACGAGCCCAGUGGCCAUUGCAGGUGGCCGCCCGCGAGAGUGGUCGUCCUGACCCUCAACGGUUUUCACGGGGUCGACAGUGGCAACCUGGUGCUUCGCGCUGGCGUCCCUUCCGGCGACCUGCGGUGGGCGAAGGGUGGCGGCUGGACCAAAGUGGCUGUCACCGAAUCCAUCGACGCGGAGGUCGUCCGGACGAAGUUCCUGGCUGUUGGCGUCGUUGACGUCACCGUUGAGUUCACAUGAUUCUCCCCCCCCCCCCCUCCCACUUCCAACCGCUAUACUGCACUGCCGCAUAUACUUUGCGUCCACCUCCGCGAGACGUAUUUUAUCUUUUAGCUUCCUGAAAUAUGUGAUUUGAAUAAAGAUUUUUAUCCUAGCUUGUAAUGUCCA